CGAAUCGGAUAAGCUCGAGCGUGUUUUUUAAUUUAUAACACCGGAUCUCGGAGAAACAGAUGUAUUCCGCUUUUGAUCAGUUUCACAUGCACAUCGCACCAACUUCAGUUCAAAAUACGAAUAAAGUUGAAUCGUAUCGGAAAUUAAAAAAAAAUCGAAUAUGUUGUCUGUAAUGCGAAAAUUAUCGCAGAAGUGCCCGCGUAUAACGGCUGGCGCCGUUGGUAAUAUCGCAAAGAAUAUCGAAACAAACAAAACCUUUCCAGUUCGCCUUUUAUCACAAUAUCCUUACAUACUCGGGGUAAGCAGUGGUAAGCACUUUGCUUUUAAUUCGAAGGAAAAAAAGUAUUUCGGAAUAUUAAAACGGGCAUCAUCAUCAUUGGAAUCCCAUAUUGCAGCAAAGUCACAGUACUUUUCGGCACAACAUGAGAUCCGUGAUCUUAUGACAAUUUAUCCAGAUAUUGUUAACGACCUUGUUGAGACAGUAGAAGGAUACAAAUGCAACAACUUUGCAGAGAGUUUCAGAAAAACACUGGAAUACAAUUUACAUCUCUCAAACAGAAAACAUGGUAUAAUCCCUGUGUUGACUUAUAGGUGUAUAGCACAGAAACACGAGCUCACCGCUGAAAAUAUUAAGUUAGCACAAAUACUUGGCUGGUGUAUUGAAAUAGUUCAUGUGUUGUCCUUCAUUACCGAUGAUGUAGUGGACAACAGCGACAUGCGCCGUGGGAAAGUGUGUUGGUAUAAAUUAGAUGGGGUGGGUUUGAAUGUCAUCCACGAUUCGUUAUUGCUUGAGAAUGCCGUCUUCAAACUUCUUAAGAAGCAUUUCAGCCAUUUGGAUUGUUACAUCGACUUGUUCGAACUGUUUUUUGAAUGCAUUUUUAGAUGUAUUUGCGGUCAGUCAUCGGAUGUGAUUGUUAGUACUAUGCACGUGAACUCAUUCGAUAUGGACACAUUCUAUUCGGUUAUGAGAAACAAAACUGCCAGCAAUUUCUUUUAUUUGCCAAUAGCAGCUGGUUUGCUUUUGGCAGGCGUCAAGGACCAGAAGAUAUUUGAGGAAUGUCAAAAAAUUACUUUUGAAUUGGGAUAUUUCACUCAAGUGCUAAAUGAUUUUCUCGAUUCAUUCGGAAAUCCGGAUUUCACUGGCAAAUUUGGCACAGAUAUAGAAUCUAACAAGUGUUCUUGGUUGGCAGUGAAGUGUAUGGAAUUAGCCGAUCCAGAACAGAGAGCUAUUAUGGAGGAGUGCUACGGUCAAAAGGAUCCACAGAAAAUCGAUCGUGUGCGACAGCUUUACGAAGACAUGGGACUGCAGGCCUUAUAUGCCCAGUUCGAAGUAGAAAUAUGCGAUAGAAUAAAAAUGCAAAUUAAUCAAACACCGGUUCUGAUGUUACGUGAAGUGUUUUUAGAAUGUCUUAAUUAUGUCUGCAAUAGAGGAGUUAAGUAAUUGUAAUCACGCUAUUUACGUUUAAUAUGUACAUAUAUAAUUGAAAACGGGUUCCACAAAUAAAUACAUUUGCAUUAUUAAACGUU